AUGGCAUUCUUAAGCACCACACCCUACCCCCCCCUCACCAAGCGAGCAAUCUCACCACAUACCGGCUACACCAUAAUUCUCCCCGUCAUCCUCGGGGUAGUCUUCAUCGCCCUGUGCAUCUACCUGUUCUGGUCCUUCCGCCAGCGCAAAGCACAGCAGGCGGUUCAGAGACGUAGGGAGAGGGAACAGUCUAUGAAGACUUGGGGAAAGGAUAUGGGUCCGGUGAAGGGUAAGGACAGUGGUGGUGAUGGAGUGCUGCUGGCUGCGCAGGGUCUGGGAAGGGGGCUGAUGGCUGCGGGAAGAGGUUGA